AUGGAGGAGCCGCUGCCGCCGCCGCCGCCGCCGCUGCUGCCCCAGGCGGCCCCGCCGCCCGCCCCGCCCGACAGCGCGGCCCCCGCCGGCCCGCUGGAUGGGGAGCUCGCGGCCGAGCCCGCCGCCGAGUGGAACAUCCCGCCCAGCGCGCCCGCCUGCAUGGAGCGGCACCUGGAGCGCGCGCACUACCGCGCAGACGGGGCCCUGCUGCUGGGCGCCUCCGGGCUGAACGGGCGCUGCUGGACCGGCUCGCUGUGGGUGUUCGCCGAGCCCCGGCGCGCCCCCAGCGAGGGCUUCUGCACCGCCGGCGUGCAGACCGAGGCGGGGGUGGCCGACCUGUGCUGGCUGGCUGACAGGGGCAUCCUGGUGGCCUCCGACUCCGGUGCAGUGGAGCUGUGGGAGCUGGAGGAGAACGAGAGCCUCAUCGUGAACAAGUUCUGUAAAUACGAGCACGAUGACAUUGUCACCUCGGUGUCGGUGCUGGCCGGCAGCAGCCAGGCUGUCAGCGGGGGCAGGGACUGCUGUGUGAAGGUCUGGGACAUCCCAGAGCAAACGGUGCUGCACUCCUACAGAGCUCACUCCGAUGCAGUGACAUGUGUGGCUUCCUGUCCUGGUAAGGACACUGUGUUCCUGUCCUGUGCUGAGGACAACAGAACUUUACUCUGGGACACCAGAUGCCCCAAACCAGCUACCCGAAUUGUUUGCAGUGCCUGUAAUUACCUCCCUACCUCAGUCAUGUGGCAUCCACAGAAAAGUGACAUCUUCGUCUUGGGUGAUGAAAGUGGAACAGUUGCACUGGUGGACACAAAGAAUCCUGACUCUGCCCUCAGCGCUGCCGUGCACACCCGAGGCAUCACAGGCUUUGCUUUCUCUGCACACAGUUCACCCUUACUGGCUUCCAUCAGUGAAGACUGUUCAGUUGCUGUUCUUGACUCAGACCUCUCAGAGGUGUUCAGAAACCAUUCUCAUCGAGACUUUGUAAAAGGCUUGUCCUGGUCUCCUUCAGAUGAUGCCUUGCUCACUACAGUUGGAUGGGAUCAUCAGGUUUUACAUCACACUGUCCCCCUACCAGCUGGUGAAGCUUCUGGAAUCAACUGUGUAAAAGAAUAGUUUUAUAAACUCGUGGUGCAAGUUCCUUGCUGGCAUCACUUUGAUUCUGCUGAAGUCGCAGGUGUGUGAGCUGGAGUGGGGUCUGGUGUCUGCCUCCAGGCUUGUGGCUAAGAAGGUUCCUGUAGUAAUUUUGAAUUAGGCAUAAGUUAGUUACAAACCAAGCUUUACCCUCUCUUCAGGAGCGGCUUCUCCUGUAAUAAAAGACUUUGGUUUUACUCAGAAAAAAACUGACUUCAGGCACAGAGGAGACUUGGAGAGACAGAGAAUUAGGUGUAAUGAAAAAAGAAAUAAAGUUAAAAAGACUUGAUUCUUUCCUCAGUUCUCCAGACUA